AUGAAUAAUAAACCACAAAUCAUCUUACCUAGUACUCCACUAUUAGAAGUGGAUGAAAAUAAAGAAUACCUUACCCGCAGGCGCGAAAAGUCAAAGCAAAUAAUGCGUGAAAAACGUGCCAUGGAAUCAGAUGAACAAAGAGAUAAAAGAAAGUCUCGGAAUGCUCUAAAUAUGCAUAGAAAGCGUGCCUCAGAGACUCCUGAUGAAAAGCUUAAUCAAC